CGGCGGCGCCCUGGUCACGCCCUCUUUCUCAUCCCGCUUCCCCGCUGGUAGAGGUGCAACUGUUCUUCGGUCGUCCCGAAUCUGGGUUCAUCCGACACCGAAACCGGUCCGAGAGAAGCGGAGCUCCCCUAGUCCGGCACAGACAUGCCUCCUAAGUUCGACCCCACCGAAAUUAAAAUCGUUUUCCUGAGAUGCACCGGUGGUGAGGUAGGAGCCACUUCGGCUCUGGCCCCCAAAAUCGGACCUCUGGGUUUGUCUCCCAAAAAGGUUGGUGAUGACAUUGCCAAGGCAACUGGUGACUGGAAGGGCUUGAGAAUCACUGUGAAACUGACCAUCCAGAACAGACAGGCCCAGAUUGAGGUUGUGCCAUCUGCCUCUGCUUUGAUCAUCAAGGCCUUGAAGGAGCCUCCACGUGACAGGAAGAAGCAGAAGAACAUUAAACACAGUGGAAGCAUCACUUUUGAUGAAGUUGUCGCCAUUGCUCGUCAAAUGAGACAUCGUUCCCUGGCCAGAGAACUAUCUGGAACCAUCAAGGAGAUUCUGGGCACAUCUCAAUCCGUUGGCUGCAAUAUUGAUGGCAGACCCGCACAUGAUGUAAUUGACGAUAUUAACAGUGGAGACAUUGAAUGCCCAGCAAUCUGCACCGUGGGGCUGCCUGGUGCUGCACAGCUUUUGCAAGCCAAUUAUCACAGCUUGGUCCUCUUGCAUGCUGUGGCUCUGUUCAGUCCUAUGGAAGAGGACCCAUCUGAUCUUCUCACAAAGACUAUGGCCAACACAGCUGAAGCAGUGGGUCGUAAGGCUCUUGCGGUGCCCACACACGCAAGGGGGGGCACCAAUGGUGGGGCACAGGAGCUGGAGUCGGAGGGGCCAGGGAGCCCAGCGGGUGACUCAAGUACCAUGAUGGCAUCAAUUGAUCUGGGGGAUCCUGGUGCCGGCAGCUCUAAGGCUGGCUGCAGAACCACUGAUCAGGAGAUUCCUCAAAGCAGUGGCCAGGGCGAAGCCUCCAAGUACGAAUCAUUUCCCCACUUGGGACCUAUCGGUGGUCCUGCGCAGUUUCUUGGAAACUCCUUUUCGAGCCAAUAG